UGGACCCUUAAACCCUAAAACCCUCUGAAACUGCAGCAAUGUUCCGAGGAGUCUCUUCCAUGGCGCGCCUAAUCCGACCCCUGCGAAAAUCCACUCCUUUUCCUUCUUCUUCCAGAAUCCCAAUUCAGCAAACACCCACUUUGCAUUUCGCACAAGAAAAACAAGUCUCCCUCUUAAACCCUUCACUCCAACCACCGCAAUUCCGGCGAACUUACAUCUCCGAAAUGCGCAAAUCGGCCUUCGAAGGCAACAUUCUCAGACUCCUCCGGAGGGAAAUACAGUACGAGCUCGAUCACUCUCCUGCCACUCAGCCAGUUACAAAAUUUAAGUCGUUUACCGUUAACGACCAGCCUGGUGAGCAAUGGAUAACCUUGAAGAGAAAGUUUGGAGAGAAAGAAGACAUUAAGAUCGAAGCCACGAUGUUUGAUGGAUCUGUUCCUAUUCCGAAUUCCAAAGGUGGUGCUGGCCUUGGAAAAGAUGUGCAGCUUCACAUUACAAUGAUUGUUAAUAUCUCCAAGAAGGAAGGCGGCAAUGUGUUUGAGAUUAUGUGUUCAGCUUGGCCAGAUACUAUAGAGAUCAACAAGCUUUUUGUCCGAAAACCUGAGAAGAUGCCAGCUCAGCCUUAUGCGGGUCCUGAGUUCAAGGAACUUGAUGAUGAGUUGCAAGACUCACUUUAUGAAUUCUUGGAAGCAAGGAGUAUAAACGAUGAUCUUGCUAUUUUCUUGCACGAAUACAUGAAGAACAAAGAUAAAACUGAGUUCAUUAGAUGGAUGGGGACUGUGAAAUCAUUUAUUGAAAAGAAAGUAGAGUGAUUGUGCAGCAUUUUGGAUGACCUUGAUUUAUCAAUCCUGUUUGCAUUGAGUAAUGAAAUUGGCAUGAUUAUGCAAGUGGAGCUUCCUCUUAUGUUUUUAAAUCUUUCUUUGUUGUUUUAACUUUCCAUCAGAGAAAAAAUUAUGAAAUAUUGUAGCUAUUAAUCUUGAAUGCUUUAGACAAGUUAUGCAUUAUGUCAUCCAAAAUAGUAGAAUAGCCCUCUAGUGGUGGCAUAUGCCAUCUGUUUAGGUUCUAAAAUUUGUUAAAACUGUCUUCUUUUUCUAUUUCAUCUCAAUCAACACCAAGAUCCAUGCCCUAACAUCUAUAAAACCUUACUUGUGGGACCCUUUAUUUACCAUGGUUUCUCAGUCCUACCAUGUUUUGGGUAGAUCUUCUCAACAUAACUAGUAGGGUUUAGGGUUUUCGUUAUGGGACUUUGCAGCAGUGUUCAUAUCCCGUGGGAGAUUUAUGCUAUUUUAAUAAUUUCUGCCUCAGCUAGAUUAGCUGCUUGCAGCAUUAUGACACUACUUGCUGCCGGUUAUGCAUUGAGACUAAUUGGUUAAAGUAUGCAUGCCAUAUGUUCAUGGUACAAUGAAAUAUGAUCAUGUGAUGAUUAUUAUGCUAGAGAAGGAAGCCAUUUUGAAUUAACUAGCAAAAAGUGUAUAUUUUGCUCAUAUGGCUCGUGCAAUGGCAGAUUUUGCUAUUUUCUUUGAUCAUGCAGGGGAGUUCACCUUGGUUGAAAUAUAAUUUCCUUAAUGAAGUGGAAAGUAUGCAUUUUCUUCCGUGUUACGUUCUAUGUCUGCUUCGGUCAUUAUAUUUAUCCACUUGAUCACUUAACAGAUUACAAGACUUUUGCUCUAGCUUCUUUCCUACUAGCUUUCGUCAUCUUUUGGUCCUUAGACACAAAUUUCAUGUUGCAAAUGUGCUUCUGCUACAUAGAAUAACAAUUAUUCAAUUUUUCUGUAGCUCCAUAAAUCUGAACAUUCACUUUGAGAUAAGUACAAUCUUGGAAAGUGGGAACGAGCUGUUGCAGGUUGCAAUCAGGUUUAAGACUAUUGAUGGUGUGUAGAUGAAUUAUGCUCCUGGAUCAUGCUGCUUGCUGAUGUUGUGGCCAGAAUUCCCUUCUCAUAGAACGUCUGCAUUCACUUUUCCCAGUCAUGCUAACGAGUAUCAAUGUAACGUCUGCAUCACUUCCCUUUUCUGUUUUGAGUAUUAACCAUAUAUUCUCCUUUGCUGCAGGAUUGCGUCAGCAACUGAAACUCACAGAGUAAUGUUUGUUUCUAGCUUCAUAGUCUGAACUAAAUUGAAAUCAAGUGGAAAGUAUCGAUGUCUUGGUAUGUUAAUAUCUCGAACUGAUGGUCCUGGCUUUGUGAAAGAUGCUCUAUAGUACUAUCUACUCUUGGUGAACUUCACAUUCCACUACAAUAUGCUUUACCAUUGAUAGACAGACAUGCCAACGGUGUGGUGUAUAUUGGUCAAACCCUGGAUAAGAUGAAAGUCUUAUCCUCUUUAGAUUUGAGCAAUAUGCAUCAGUUCCAAAUCUGAUGUCAUGUUAUUUUCGUUAUCUUUGCUGGUCUGCAUCAUACUUUCUCACCUCUAACUCCUGAAUUGGGUUGGACUAUAAUUCGUUCGAUCUUGUGAAUAGUAGUCAUAUGUUUUUGACCAGAA